GAGAGGUGCCCGUCUCUCCACAUUGUUUAGCAUUGGUAUGCCAUUACCACCACAAAAUAGUCAUUCAUACAUUCAUACAUUCCCAAUCCAUGGAGCAAGAUCAGAGCCAGGUUCUGAAGAAAACCAGGAAGAGAAAGCUAAUUGAGGAAGGCCAUGGGAUGCUCAAUUUGUCCUUGGAUGACUUGAAUGAAGACCUGCUUGAAAGGAUCCUUUCAUGGUUGCCCACCUCGAGCUUCUGCCGCCUUCGUUCAGUGUGCAAAAGAUGGAGUUCUGUUGCAGCCUCUGCAACCUUCCAACAUGCUUGUUCUCAAGUUCCCUCUCGAGAUCCUUGGUUUUUCAUGGUCAAUCCCCAUCUCAACCAAUCGAUUGUCUUUGACACUGCUGAAAAGAAUUGGAAGAAUCUCAACUAUCCACUUUUACUACAACAAAAUCCCAACUGCAAUGCCAUCCCAGUUGCUGCUGCUGGUGGAUUGAUCUGUUUCCGCACCAAUUCUGGGGACUUUAUUGUAUGUAAUCCGGUGACAGGCACCUGCCAAGAACUACCUCCAGUUGGUCCUGCCAGUCUAAGUCAAAACCUCCAUGCUGUUGCAAUGGUUUCAUCUUCCAAUUACUCAUACAAACUCAUAUUAGUCUCUGGUGAACUCCCAUGUGUUUGUGUGAAGAUCUAUGAUUCAAGUAAGAAUCAGUGGGAAGAAGGUCCGAUAUGUCGGAAGACCAAGAGCAUCCUGGAAUCCGAUUCAACUGGGGAUGAUACCAUGUAUUUCCUUAGUAAGGCUGGAGACGUCGUGGCAACUAACAUGCAGAGGAGCCCAUCUAAACAAUACUCAUCUGUUGUAGCUGUCAAAGAUGGUGAAGAGAUUAUAUAUUUUCUUAGUCCUGCAGGGAUGGUUGUGGCAUGCAACCUGACUAAGAAAUGCUUCUCCGAAUACCCAAGACUGCUGCCCAUGUUUUUCGAGUACUCAAUUGAUGUGAUCGAGUGUAGAGGGGAGAUGAUGGUGGUGGUCUUGUCUGAGUUCCUAGAAAGUGCAAGCCUCAGGGUGUGGAGAUUCUCUGAGGUGGACCAGGCAUGGUAUCAGAUUGCUGCAAUGCCGCCAUCAAUGUCACACGAUUUCUACGGUAAGAAGGCUGAUAUAAACUGUGUGGGAUGCAAAGAUCAAAUACUGAUCUGUGUGAAUUCCAGUGAGCUUAGUAGCUAUGUCUUAUAUGAUUUGGGGGCAAAUGAAUGGGUUGAAUUGCCCAAGUGUUUUGUGAAUGGAGAAGCUAAAGAGUUCAUGUCUGCCUUCUCUUUUGAGCCUAGGAUUGAAGCUUGCAUAUGAGAAAAAUGGAAACAAAGUUAAAGAGUGAAAGAGAUGCUAGUAAGGAGUCUGAUUUAUGAUUUUUUGUUUUCUUUUUUCACAGAGGUCUAGUAUUUGAAUAUUGCUGUAAAAUGGCCUGCAGAAAUUGGUAAUGAAUGUAAAUAUAUUUUUAUAUGUUGGCCUCA